AUGCAGCUGGCACUGUCGUGACCUACAAGUAGUCGGCCCAACAAUGGCUGUAUUUUCGAGGUUUUACCCAGUUCGUCGCCGUCGAUCGCCUCGCUCCGCCAAGGUGAAUGGGCCGAUUCGGCGGCGCUAAUUACGGCAACUGACAGCUGGUCGGAGGCGCUCCAAAUGUAUUGGAUGGCCGAGCUCGACGUGUCUCUCUCUCUCGCUCCGAGUGUUGUGUGUUUGGCUCAUAAUUCGCGCACACCAAUAUAUAUACACAGAUAUUUGCCCCGUGCACAUAUAUCUCAACCAUAUACUACACUUUCGUUAUUAUUGUACUUUUCUGACUUAGCAGGACUUGGAAAUUGGACGGAAACCCGUAUAUAUACCUUUUUUGGCAUUUAAGAAAAGGUGUCUGGUUACGUUUUCCUCUAUUUGUUUUGCACGGAAGAGGUGGGACAAAUUUUCAAAAGUUUUUGCUUAAUUUUUUGAACUAUCAGAACUCUUUUAUCACCUGAAAUAUCUCAGAAAAUGGUUCUUCGUUCCUAGACCUUCAUUGAAUUCGUUUUCCAUUCGUAAAAAAAAAAUUUCGUCAAACACUUUUGAGCAGAAUUUAGUACGAAAAACUCCAAUUUUCAAAUUUUUUUGAUCUUUGGAAGGUUGCUAGGAAGCUAAUUAAGAGAGCCUUUCAAAAUUUUUUCCUUCAAAAAAGAUCGAAUUUCGAACCAAGCGAUUUUUGUCUGGGAAAGGUUUCGGUUUCAAAAAUUUUGAUCUUAUUGACUUACACAACUUCGAAGCGGCUUUAUUCUGAAGUUUUGUGGAUAAACUUUGAAAAAAAAUUUUUUGCAUGUUUUCCUUUUGCUGUACUUGUUCUUUAGAGUAGACACCAAAUUUAUUCAUUUUUUGUUUCGCCAAUGACGCAUUUUAUGACUAAUCAGUCUUCGAACGCUGUGCGGGGCGUCAAAUUUAUGCCAAAAAGAAUGGUUUUUAAUUUUUCUUUUAUACUUGAAAUAUAAGUUUAAAUUAAAUUAAGUUAAAGUUUUCCUGGCGCAGUAAUUGUUACUUCAAAAACUUUGGUCUGAACUUAAAUGAUAUUUUUAAUAUCAAUGAGAUAUUUUUUCAUUGAAACGGAAUUUUUCAGUUUUGAUGGAAAAAUCAGAUGUUUCCAUUUUUUUUAAAAAAAGUUUUAGUGAUGAAUUUUUGCUUUUACUCUGUCUUUUCUUAUCGUUUUUGUUUGUUGAACAUUUUUUCAAAAGUUUAUCGACCCUUAAGUGCAUUAUAACCCUCCCACAUCGAAACCGUUUUUUCUUUCUCGGCCGUCUUCAGGUAACCUUGUUCCUUUUCGGAACGCGUGUUCUUUUUUUUUCAGUUCGCAUCGGUUAAUCGAUGACCUUCUUAAUUAGAUUUUCUUUCCUAGACUAACGUCCCAUUUGUUCCUUCCUUCACUAAUUUUUUUUAUUUCUCCCACAGAACUGCUCCGAUCGGAGCGCCGCCGCCUAAUGGGCUGUUUUUGAGGCCACUGGCUGAUAGCUUUUUAUCAGUUUUUUUUUUUUGGUUCAAACCACUGGCGCAUCGACCAUAACCUCCGCGAUGAGUGGGAACAUUUUUCGUCUUUGUCUUUUUUUUUCCCCACUCGCACUUUUUCAUAGUUGAUAAUGACGCAGUUUGAGGUUUUCGUAGUUUGAGUUUUCGUAGUUUGAGGUUUUCACGCUUUGUAUCUCAUAAUUGUAAGGAAUCGAAGAUUUUCUCAAUGGAAAAUCAGUUUAACCCUUUUGAUCUUUUUCAAUAGCAGGUGGUCAAAAGCAGGCCAAGCGGCCUUUUCGCGCCAGUUCUCCGUAGAAUGGGCGAAAAUUUUCAUUCGCAUUUUUUUUUCGUUUCUUAUGCCCCAAGCAUAUUCUUUCUUAAUAUUUUUUUUAGAAAUUCGAAAUUCAAUGUUUUAUUUAACAAAUUUUGAAAAAGUUGCGUUAAAAAAAGGUCAUAUUUUUUUCGGAGAGUGAAUUUGAGGCAUUUUUCGCAUUUGUUUAUGAAAGAAAAAGGGUAUCUUCGACGGCUUUUUAAAAAUAUUUUUCUUUUAUUUCAAGAUGUUUUUUUGUGUAUUUGGUUGAAGAAAAAAACGACGUUCUUUGAAAUUAAAAUUUGUUUUUUUAGUGGAACAGCUUCAGAAAAUCCAAUUUUUCCUCGCGUAUCCGCUUAAUUAUGACGCAUUUUGGGUGUUUCAAUAAGAACGAUCAAUCCUCAAAGUCCUUUUUAUGUCCUGUCAGCGAUUUUCUUUUCGAAGCAUUAUUCUUUAUUUUGGGACGUUUUGUUGAACACUCUAUGACCAUUUCUUGACACGCAGCUGGAGCGGAUUUUCCUCUUUCCUUUUUAAAUUUUAAACGUUUCUUUUUUUUUCUUUCGCGUGCCCUUCUCGUUUUUUGAUCGAUAAUAUUGAUCAAAAAGAAAGGAUGAAGUUCUUUUUUUCAGGCAGGAAGCAGGAUGGCGCAAAAACAAAUGGACGCGACGGCGGAGCCCGCCAAGAACCCGCCAUCGCCAAAAAGUCGCCUCGCAAUGCUCAAGAGAACUAAGAAAGGUUAGUUUGUGAAUGGGGGAUCCGGUUGGCCCGCGAGAAAAAAAGUGAUUUGUCGCAAGGAAACGUGAUAUUUGAUAGAAAAAGCUGAAAAAUUUUCGCUUGAAAAAUUGUUCUUAUCUAUCUAAUUGAAUUUUUGAUAGUUCUCAUUUUUUUUAUAAUAUAACAAAGAGAUGAUUGAAAAAUUUUGAGAAUAUAACAAUAAUAAAAAAUUGCUUUUUUUAGCCUCGAAUGCGACGUCCGACCCGUUCCGAUUCCAAAACAGCGGUAUCAUCUAUAAGGUACCUUUUUUUAGUAAUUUAAGCUUUAUUCACGGUCAAAAAUGGCCUUUUCUUAAUUUUUUUUACAUUUUUUCUAGUUCUAUGACUUGCGUUUGGGGUGCGUACAUCAGAAAAUUUAAAAUCGAAAAAGCAUUGGUUUAGCUCAAUGUAGUUUACUAUAGAAGCUCCGAUCCUCACGCAAAAGUUUUGCAUUUUCUGUUAAUUUAUGAACGUUUCAAAGGAUAUAAUCUCUCUUCCCAUGUUUCACUUUAGUGGUCAUCUUUGCUCGUACGCAAAUGACCAAAUAAGCCGGAAAAGCGGCGAUCGAUAUUUAGGAAAAGCACCUUGCUGUGGUGGGCCGUAUAAACCCGAUGUUUCCACAAAUAGCCGAAAGGCCUGGUUUUUGUGUUGGGCCUCCAUUGUUGGACGCGCUUGUGCUCGCUUUACAUGGCAAGCGCUGAGACAGCAAAAAAAAAAACACUGGGAACACAGAAAAGCCCCCAGAUUCGAAGACAAACACAUUUUUUUGGGAGAGGUGUACGUUUUCUGACCAGGUACUUUUUGGUCAUAAUGAUGCUGACGGAACGUUGCUAGGAGGAUUUGAACGCUUUUUUUUUCUGGCCUCGAAAGAGGGGAACCUAGAAAUUCCAGAAGAAAAAGAAGGGAAGCUAAAAAAAGAUCUUCAUUUACUUACCUUUUUUCUCAAAAGAAGGAUAAAUACAAUAGACCGAAAUUUAUUUAAAUUCUAUUAAUUCCUAAUGACUAUCCUUCUAUUUUUUUUCAAAAAGAGGUCCAUCCGACCACACAACAACGAAGUUUAACGCUUCUUCAGUCGUUAACUUAUUUUUAAAUUUUUGAGCAUCUCCAAUGAGGUAAACAAUGUGAAGUUUUGCCAAGUGUGAUAAAGUAGGGGCAUGAGAAAGGGCAUUAUGGAAUUUCAGUUUCGUUUCAUAGAGUUCACUUUAAUUGCAUAAGAAGAAGAUUUAAUUCAGUGGGACAUUUAAUCAAAUACUUUUUCAGGGAAAGCUGAUUGGAGAACAGGACGUGGACAAAGCCCGAGGCGACAGCAUGUGUGCGGAAGCGAUGCGUGCCGCUAAGGUAUGACACAGGAAAAAGGCCUCUUUAGUGUCCUCGAGGAAUCUCUCAAGUGGCCCAAGCCCCAAAAAGUUUUUCCAGGCGAUCGUAAAGGCGGCCGGAGCCCACAAGACGCGCAUCUCCCUGCAGAUCAACAUCGAAGGCAUCAAGAUCCUCGACGAGAAGAGCGGCGCCGUCCUGCACAACUUCCCUGUUUCUCGCAUCAGCUUUAUCGCCCGCGACACGACCGAUGCUCGCGCCUUUGGCCUCAUCUACGGCGAUACCGAAGGUGAGAAUCAGCCUCAAUUGAAGGGAAAGGCGAAUAUUCUUACUGAAGCUGGCGAAGAGACUUUUCAAAAUUUCUAAAGAUCUGCAGUCUUCGUGAAUUUUAUUCAAAAAGUCUGGUUUCUGCUCACUUUCAGAGCUUUUUUUUUACCCUUUUUCAGAGUUUUUUGAGAUUCGUUCACUAAAAACUUAGCUUCUUCAUUACGAUAUUGAGUCUCAAGCUCUCAGCUCUGAAAUAUCUAAGAAGAAAAUAACGAGGAGCUUCUCAAUAGAAGGCCUUAUUUUUCAUGGACUUUCGUUUUUUUUAGGAAGAUCAAAAAUAAGAAAACCAAAAUUUAGGUAAUUUCGCGGAUAUAUUGAUUUUCUUGGCAGAAUAUAUCUUUUUGACGUUUCUUAUUGAUUCUUAAGCUUGAGUUUUUUUUUUCAUUCGAACUGUUUACAAAUUUUUCUCUCUCAGAAAUCCCUCCUAUUUGUUUUCUGUUUGCGAUCGGUCAAAACGGGGCCGUCUGAUUCAACGUUUCGGAAUCGGUUGUUUGUGAUAUCGGAAGUGUUUGCCGCAAUGUUCAGCGAACAAAUAUUUGCGAGGAGAACCUUUUGGGAAACAUCUUCUCAGAGUUUUGAUAAGCAAGAGCGAUCAGGAGUGAAAGCUUAAUUUCUGGCAUAAAUAUUUUGAACAGUUUCAAACAUUUUUGUUUUAAUCAGAAUGUCGUGGUUAGGGAACCUGAAACUCUUAUCCAUUGGAAACAAAUAUUCUAUUUUAAUUCUGAAAAAAGCGGAGAAGAAGUAAUUCGAGUUUCAUGAAGUGUAAAGCUGAUUUUUCAAAGAACAUUUAGCCUUUUUCAAUCUCUUUCCAUGGUUAAAAACUUAAAUCUCUACGGUAUAAUAUGCAAAAUGUAUUAUAAGCAUGAGUAUCAUAGGCAGUUCAGUUGAUUUCUUGCAGGAAAGUACAAAUUCUACGGAAUCAAGACGGCUCAGUCGGCCGAUCAAGCGGUCCUGGCGAUCCGCGACAUGUUCCAAGUGGUGUUCGAGAUGAAGAAGAAGCACAUCGAGCAGGUCAAGCAGCAGCAGGCGACGAACAGCGAGUCCGGCGUGAGUUUCGACGUCCUCAGAGUGCACGGCGGCGAUCCGUUCUCUGCUCUCUCGUCAUCAAAACAUCGUUUCUUGUUGUUUUUUCGGGGUUUCGAUUCGACUUUGCGCUCUUAGUAGUUUCCGGAGAAAGGAGGGAUGAUUGAAAAUGUGAGAAAGAUGGUUUGCAGUUUUUGAAAAGGUUGAAAAUUUGACUUUUCUACUGAAAAAAAACACAUUGAAUCGAUUUUGGGUUACGAAACGUUCCUAUUGGAGACGGUAUUUGUUUUGAAAAGAUUUUCGAAUUCUCUAAAAGUUUUUUCAAGUUCUUUUUCAAUUUUUAAAGCUGUCUUAUCGUGAAGAGGGACGAUACUUGAAGUUGAAAAAAGGAAAAUAGAAAAAGUUUCGCUCUGUCGUUGGUUUCAAGGCUUCUUUUUGCACUGGGAAGAGGAUUAAAUUCGGUCGGAAAUGAUAUUUUUAUUGUUGAAAAAGGGAAUAAGAAGAGUUUUGAUGCGAUUAUUAGUUUCAAGGUUUCUUUUCACUUUCCAGAGUUUUUGAAACUGGUAGUUGAUGUGAAUCUAAAAAGGAGAAAAUAGGGACAUUAUUUUCCGUUUGUACUUGAUUGGCCGUUCAAAAAGGAUUAACACAGACAAAAGUAAGAAUACCAAUAUGUAUUGUCAUAAUUUUUUUCAAAGUGAAAAAAAUAAUCUUAAUAAGAUAAAAAUCUGAAAAAAAUCACUCUUAAAAAAACGACAGCAAAAAAAUUUAAAUAAAUUUUUGAGAAAUGUUUGACAAAUUUGAUGUUCGCGAUGUACGAACUAUCACAUGAUCACGCACUCGAGCUCACAGUCAGGCCAAAAAAAAGAAACAAGUUUUUUCCUUCCUUUGAUGAUGACGACCUUGAAGUAUUACUUGAUUUUCGUUCUCACCCGAGUGAAACCAAAUCAGUCGACAUGUAUCUGUGUGUGACAUUUUGGUGUGUAAUAUACUUGACGACCUCCCCAAAGAUGUUCCACUGGUGUAGGAACAAUGUCUGGUUUUUUGUCGUGUGAUUGGAGGUUGACUAGAAGCUUGCUUCAUUGUUUAGGUUGUAAUCUGACACUCUGUUAUAAACGUGAUGAGUUUGGAGAGUUGAAAGUGUUUGAGCUACGGGGACGGAAGCAGCAAUAUGUAGGGAAUGGGAAUUUUCGGCUCAUUAGGGAUAAAGUUAGGGGCUUUUAAAGGCGAAGGUCGUUGGGAAAUAUUUUUGAGAUAGUUUUCAAGGGAUUUUAUCAAAAAAUACAGGCUAUGCUGUGAACAUAAGUUUUGGGGAUAACUGAAAGCCGAGCGAACUCAAAUCAACACUGAAAUUCGUUUAGGAAGAACUGUAUGAGGAUAGCUCAAGUGGUACAUAAAUAGAUUGACCAACUUUUUGAUUUACUGUAUUUAGUCAAUUUCAGGACAGCAAGCAAGAUGCCGUGGCCGUCGCCGACCUUCUUGACCUCGAGUCAGAGCUGCAGCAGAUCGAACAAGGUGUUCAACAGCUUUCGACGGUCCCAACGAGUACAGACGCUUUUGGAGCGUCGCCGUUUGGAGACCCGUUUGCUGAUAGUUUUGCUAGCAAUGUUAGUCAACACUGGGAAUGUUGAAAGUUCUCCUCUGAUACUUAACUUUUGAUGAUACUAAUAGGGAUUACAAAGUUAUAAAUUAUUUUACUCUAAGAGUUGAAAUUUGAGUCGUCCAGAUCUGUGAGUGGCCAAUAACUAGUAGAAAAAAGGAUGAUUUAGGGGUUGAUCAAGUAAACUUUUCAUGAGCUUUUCCAGCCUCUGUUCAAUUUGAGUUAUGACCAAGUAGAUUUUUAAAGUUCACAAAAACUCCAAAUCAGUAGUUUUUUCGUGUUUCUUACGAUAUUUUGGAACAGUUGUUAAAAGGUGAGGGUUAAAAGGCGUUGAGUUAUUUUUUGAUUUUCCUAAUGUUCAUAUUUUCACAAGUUUAUAUUAUUCGAACGAGAAAAAGUGGUAGUGAAGAAAAAAAAAACGAGAGAAAAAUGCGACAGCGACGAUUUCGAAAGCCGCAAAAUCGCGUGCGAAAUAAGCGCGUGUCUGCAGACUGCUAGCGAAAAAGUCGAUAGCUAAUCUAACGGAGAAGUUACCGACUUUUUUUUCCUUCGUCAUCGUUUUUUUUAUUGUCUAAAAAAUUGCUUACCAUUAUUUGUGAAGUUUUCCACGUCUUUUUGUUGUAUUGGAGCCGUAACGGGAUUACUUUUUUUUCUCUCAUAGAAUGGAUCUCAAUCCUAUGUAUAAAUUCUUUUCGUAACAUCAAUUAAAUUGUGUUUUCAUUAAGAAUCAAAUGGAACGAAUUCAUUCUCACUUUCUAUUGUUUGUAAUUUUUCUCAGUUUCAAGUUAUUUAUUAAUGUUUUAUUGUUAAUAAGUCAAUGAAUCGAUUGUUUUUAACCUUCUUUUUUAUUACUUUAUCUAACGGAAAAAAAUACGAUAUCAUUGACUUUUUGCGUUUUGAGUGAAAUACGGAUUAGUUCACGAGUGAGAAAACAAAGGAACGAAAAAAAAACUUCAAAAAACAAGGUUAAGCAACUUUUGAGCAAAAUUACGAAGAAAAAAGAUUGGAAAGUUCGAUAUCGAUUUUUUCACUAGUAGUCCGCAGGCAGGCAUUAACUUCAUACGCAAUUUUGCGGCUUUCGGAGUCUUUGCUGCGCGCAAAUUUAUUUGAUUUUUUUUUCGUACAACCGAAAAAUUACUUUUUGAUCGUGGUUUUUUUCGCGUAGCAGUUUUUUCUUCUUAAAAAUUGAUAAAUUUUGUAAAAACAUAGAUUAUGAAUAAUCAUCUUUUUUUUAGUCAACGAUGAACAAUUCAUCCAUGAUGAACGGCUCGAUGUUGAAUGGAUCCGGGGCGCAAUUCAACGCCUUCUCCAGCCCUCACCCACAAAAUCACAACUCUUCCUGGAUGCAAGCUUCGGUUUUCCCCAUCUUCGGGCAUAGUUUCAUUGAGGAUACUUUUGCAGGCCUUCCCGCCUGUCCCGCAGCCCCAUCCUCAGUCCAACUUUGACUCCUCCUGGGGCCAUCCGAUUUCUCAGCAGCCCAUCCAUCACGUGCACAGCACGCCAACCUUCCAUACCAAUGCUUUCUCGGUUUGUUUUAUUUUUCAUUCAUCGAAGUUUUUAUCAAAAUUUCAAGAAGCUUUUCACAGAUUCUUGGUUGGGUAUCCCUUUUUCGAAAGUUCUCUCAAGGAAUCAGAAUAAAUUUUGCAAGAAAGUCGCAAAAAAGUCUAAAAAGCAAUGAGAAUUUAUCUCUAAAACAAACCCAUUGAAAAUAUGUUUUGUCUCAUUCUGCCAAGAAAAAGAGGGACAAAACUUGGAAAUUGAUAAGUUUUUCAAAAUAUCUAUUUUUUUAGAGACAUUUUUCAUAGAAGAUCUCCUCUGAAGUGGAUUAAUAUUGAAAUGUAGAAUGUUUUUUUCCAUUUUUGGGUUUUUCAAGCUAUGAAAGCAUUGAUUUUCGCCUGAAAUUAUAGCUUUAAAAAAGUAGUUUGAUCUAGGAAAAAUGCAAAUUUUUUAGAAUGUUUUUCAGUGUAACAAAGGUAGAAAUAAUGGCAAAUUAUGAUGGAUGAAUCGUAAAGUUUCAGGACACGAACCCAUUCGCAAGCUCGAUGUUGCCUCCUCAACAAGCUCCUCACACGGCGGCUCCUCUCUUGAUGGCUCAUCCUCUGGCGGACCCGUUCGGCACGCGUGCGCCCCCCGCCUUACCGCAGGCGGCACCGUCCGUCGACUGGGCCAACGAGAACACGGCUCCCGCCUCCCAGAUGCACCACGCCAACACCUUUGCCAACUUUGGAGAUAAUAAGUACGUUCUAAGGAGAAAUUAUAUAAAUAUUAAAAAAAUGCAAAUCGUAGCGAUAAGAAAAAAACUCAAUUCCUGGGGAUCUUGAAGACGAUCAAAGAAUAAGACGCCAAAUAUAGUCCUGUUCAGAUUUUAAAUGUAAGCGCAAUGACGUCAUUAAAAAGCUCUUCUAUGGAGUGCUCGUCCGAUUGGCUUUUCACGGAAUUAAAGGCGGAGCUUGACCGGCGAAGAGACAUUCAAAAACUACGAUAAAGACAAACAUUUACAAAAAAGAUUGAAAUGAAUUCCUUCACUAAAUUUUUCGCAUAAAUUUCUUUCUCAGAAAUUAUAUUUUUUCAUAUCAGGAAGACUUUUGUGCUUGUGGAUUGCGGAUUUUUUAAUUCUGAAACAACUUCUUUUAACUUAUCCGGCCAUAUAACCCGUUUUAUGCAAAGUUUCCAAACAUGAUUAGAAAUUCAUACAUUUUUCAGGCCAGCUUCUAACAAUUGGGAAGAGAAGAAGGUGACGUCAUUGGAAGAGGCUUUCUCGAAGCUCGUCGACAUGGAUGCGCUCGUCGGACGCGGCAACGACACGAAGAAGAAUCCGUUUGACCAUAUCCUCAACCCUCCCAAGGUGAUUUUCGGAAACUGAAAUCAGAGCUGACUGUCUGAUGUUUCAGGCCUCGCUGAACACUCUGAGCGCGACUUCUUGCUCGGCGGCCGCUUCGACGACCCACAAGGUGGCGACGACGACGGCCGAUCCGUUCGGCGACGACUUCUUCCGAUAA